UGUUUCCCUAACCUAAUAUAACCCGAAAUUUUCAAAUAACAUUUUGCUUUGUAAAUAAUCAAUCAGUUUAUUUUUUUUAAAUAAAAAUGUCUGAUCAUAUAUUUCUCAGUGACUGUGAAGAUGUAUCUGAGGAAAUUGAUGCAAGCAGAAAUCCAUCAGAUAAAAUUGAACGUGCCCUCUUGGAAGCGGCGGGAAAGGGGAAGCUUGAAGUCGUGACGGAAAUUAUAAGUAGAAAUCCGAAUUUAAUUAAUGCUACCGAUGCAGAUCAAUACACUCCUCUUCAUAGGGCUUGUUACAGCAAUAAAGUGGAUAUUGUUAAAUAUUUAGUUGAACAUGGGGCUGAUUUAUCUGCAUUAACUGAAUUAAAGUGGCAGCCCUUACACUGCUGUAGUCAUUGGGGACAUGCUGAUUGUGCAGCCGUUUUGUUGGAAAAUGGGGCAGAUCCAAAUGCUCUCACUGAAGGAGGCCAAACACCGUUACAUAUUGCAGCUACAAAACCCGGAGGUUACAAGAUAGUUCAGUUGUUGCUAAUGCAUGAAGGAACUGAUCCAAAUAUUCAAAAUGGUAAUGGAGAAAUCGCCUACGAUUUAGCUAAACGAAGUUCACAGUAUUAUAACAUUUUUGAAAUGGCAGAUCCGUCUUUCUCUAUAGAAAAUAUCAACAAGCUUGAAGGGGACAUUAAAAGCAAUACAAAAAACAUCAAGGGUUAGCGAGCAUAUUUACUAAAUUUAUAACAAGACUGUUUGGUUUUUUUAUUACUUAGAAAUAAAUACCUCUGCAAAAUAAAUCCAGUGGUAUGUUCCUCGGAUUCCUGAGAUAAAAUAGGGUACUUUUAGUACAAAUCAGUAAAAUUGUCCAAUAGCAAGGAAUAUUUUAAUUCACUAGGUUUCAUCCAAAAAAUAUCGGUUAUAAAUAUUAUGGCCGGCUCUUUUGAAUAUGUGCCAGUAAGUGAAAGCCACUUUAACUUUUUUUUGAAUUGUUAUAAAAUUUCGUAUAGUCAUUUGUCUGUAUUGUCUGGAUCAUUUACACCUUUUAAUUAGUUUUUACCAAAAUAAAGUUAAUUCGUUUUAAUCAUAGAA